AUGGGUGCCAGAAGAAGGCCAACCAAAAUCAUAAGCUGCUUGAUUACGUUUAUGCGCCCAAGUUGUAAACAUACAUUCAAAAAUAAGAAAAACCAUCCGAUUUCUAUCAUGAAAUAUUGGAAAAUUUGUAUAAAAAUUACAAAAAUCACGCGAACCUCUUGUUCGUUCAGUUCUCCAACUGAUCGACUGAGACGAGCAAUUGACGAACUGAGCCUAGCAUCAACAUCCGCCAAUGUAUCCUUUGUCCCCAUACGUCUUCGUACAGACGACAACGAUCCUCCACUGACAAUGUCGCGCUCUUGACGAACCGCUGAUGUCUGCAUCGUGUUAUUCGACGUAAUGACUGAUCGUGGUGCUUUUAUUUGCAUGGACUUUGCCGCUGGUUGGUGGCCGACAGUAGGAGAAAUUCGAUCCACUGAAGACACCACGGUUGAUGUCUCGGAGUUCCGUUCGACAAGUGUUGUUCGAGGGGCUGGAAUCGGCCUUGACGUUUCUGGGACUUCUUCAAGCUGUGGCGGAUCACGCUUCGCAACACUGGAGGGUGUUGUUGCUUCUGACGAGCUGGGCUUGUCCGAUGAAGUAGGAGAUUGCACCUAA